GCGUCCUCGGAUACACAACCCAACCAAGCCGCACUGCUUCUUAACACAGCGCGCAUCCAACCCGGAAGCCAGCCGCACCAAUGAAUUCUCCUCUUUCGUUAGCAGCUCAGUGUAGCUACCUCUAUCGUGACAGUGCCAGUCACGCAAACCUAGCGAGCGUGCCGUGCACGGGUGCGUGGAUCCAAUAUUCUCCUGGUUCCAAACCCAGCAGCGCGUGGUUGAAGAUUUGGAUAACGACUCAUGGUCUGCGCAAUUUGAGUUUGAAUAAUCAUAAGAACCACGGCUCUUCUACCUCGAACACGCCCACCACCAAGAUUAGUUCUGGUACAACUGUAUCGGUGAACGGGGUCACGGGGAACGUGAUUCAGGACGGAGUACCCGACAGUGGCACGAGCAGCAGUGAGGCGAGAAUGCAAGGGACGAUUAAUCCGAAAGGCGAUAAUAAAAUAGAACAGCUAUCCGAUUUAUUGGAGGAAAAUAUCAACCAGCAUCCUGCGGGGAAGGGCAGUAGUGGUGCCGGGAUUGUGGGUGGCACUGCAUUCGGUAGCUGGAGAGGAAGAGAGAGAGAAUACGAAUUUGGGAACAGACGGAGGAGAGACAACCGAGCGAGCACUUUCGGUUUUAACCGCAGUUUAUUGAGUAUUGGCUGCAACUCUACGGUGGACGAAACUGGAUGCCGUAGAGUUGGUUACACGGACACGCCUUGGAAAACCAGAAACUACACUGCAGGGAUUUUGGGGCUCCAUGAGGAGAUCCAGGACUUCUAUGCCUACAUGUCUCCGCGGCCGGAGGAGGAGAAAAUGAGGAGGGAGGUGGUGGAGAGGAUAGAGAGGGUCAUUAAGGACCUUUGGCCCACUGCUGACGUUCAAGUAUUUGGAAGUUUCAGCACGGGUCUCUAUCUACCCACUAGUGACAUUGACCUGGUGGUGUUUGUGAAGUUCAGGGAAGGAGACACCCUCCCUCUGUGGAGGUUAGAAGAGGCGCUGAGGAAACACAAAGUGGUGGAGGAGAAUUCUGUCAAAGUGCUGGACAAGGCCACGGUGCCAAUCAUCAAACUGACAGACUCUCUCACAGAGGUCAAAGUUGACAUCAGUUUCAACAUGAAGAAUGCUGUCAAAGCUGCUGCCCUCAUCAAAGAUUAUAAAAAGAAAUAUCCUGUGCUUCCGUACCUGGUGCUAGUCCUGAAGCAGUUCUUAUUACAAAGAGACAUGAAUGAAGUGUUUACAGGAGGCAUCAGUUCCUACUGCCUCUUCCUUGUUGCUGUCAGCUUCUUACAGCUCCAUAGCAGGGAGAACGCCUGCAGUCCCAACGCCAACACUGGUGUCCUACUCAUAGAGUUCUUUGAGCUGUACGGCCGCCAUUUUAACUACCUGAAGACGGGGAUCCGGAUCAAGGAUGGGGGCUGCUACCUCUCCAAAGACGAGGUCCAGAAGAGCAUGCUGGAUGGAUACAGACCUUCCCUGCUCUACAUUGAAGACCCACUGCAGCCAGGUAAUGAUGUGGGCCGUAGCUCAUACGGGGCCAUGCAGGUGAAGCAGGUGUUUGAAUAUGCCUUCAUGGUGCUGAGCCACGCUGUGUCGCCCAUCGCUAAGUACCACCUCAACAACCACGGCGAGAGUAUACUGGGCAGAAUCAUCCGGGUGACCCAGGAAGUUGCUGAAUACAGAGACUGGAUCACCAUGAAGUGGGCUGCCCUAUCACUGAACUCCCUGACCUUAAAAGGUAAUGUCACGUUGCUGGUGGAGCUUCAGGAGAUGGAGGAAUGCAUCAACAAUCUCUCUGAGGAAGGGGCAGAGUCCCCCAGCUCCUCCUCUCCUCCCCCCUCUUCGUCAUUCUCCUCGCCACAUUCUUCAUCAGCUAGCUCCAGUGACGCUGAUUCAGACGGAGUCUGCUGUAAACCGGUGACCUUGACGCGGGGUAGGCGAGGCUCAUCUGCACCCAGUGCUGGAUUGACCAAUCACAGGGAUACAAGUUUCUCUUCCAGCAGCCACGUAAGCCAGUCGAACAAGUGCAAGGUGGACAGAGCGAGUUUGAUGUCUUGUCAGAACAGCAGUGCCAACAUACAGCCAAGCACAGGAACAGGACAGUCAUCAGGCAGCAACAGCAGGAGCCACCGAGACAGAAAGCAGAGCUGUCCUGGCAAGAGGAGGAAACUCAAGCCAAAGCGCCAAUGUAAACCUGUAGUGCAGGACCUCUGUAGAUAGGGGGCGCUAUGUCACGGAACUCAACUCCACUCUCUGCCGCUGAAACGGGAGAAACGAGGCAAUCUUACCAGGGCUUUUGGUAGUGAUAUUUUUUAAGCCAAGUUGGAAGGAGAUUUCUCCUAUUUCUGUCAGUUGAAAGGGCAGAUUGACUUCGACCUCGUCUUGAGGGUAUAGUCUUUCUGUAAUAUGAAUAUGGAGGAAGGUUGUCAAGCCUGAACUUUAGCAUUGGCAGUACACCCUGGUUUAUUGGACUAGCAGUUAGUUGGGUCUCUAUUACUUACUGGCAAUUCAACUUUACAGCAGAAAUUACAAGGAAAAAUGUAUGGUUAAACUGUGGAUAUUAUUACUAUAUUGGGUCAAAUGUUUGCACUGACAACUAGUCAUUGAACAUUUAAGCUUUUCAGCAACUCCUUCGUUUGUGAUUUUCAAAAGGCAAAAUGGUGGGGAAAGGAAGAAAAAAUUACAAUGAUUAGGGAUUGUAUUUUUUUUUUUUUUUUUUUAACAAGCUGAAUGAAUAUGGUUUUGCCAUCUCUUGUGGACUGGGCCAAGUGUGGGUUCUAAGUGGCAACUCCAACUAUCAGCAGAAUACAUCCUUGAGUUGCUACAGCCCAAAUGGACCUGUUUCCUUGCAUAAUGGGGAUGAUUUGUGUAAUGAUCUGUUCAAUGGCUAUUUCACAAUACUGUUUAAUCGCGUAAUGGCGAACAGUUUCAUGUUCCUACUGGUAGAAUAGACAAUAUCUGUAGUUUGCAAACUUCCUAAUAUGAAAAUAUCAGUACUCAACUAUUUUGCCUAUUACAAAAUGAUUUGUAUUUGUUUCUGUAUUUAUUUUUGUAGUAUAUUUAUAUGAAUCUAUAAUGUGAAGGGGGUAUGCAUGGAACGCUUAGCAAUAGCCCGUAUGCCUGUUUAAGAGAUGGUUGUGAUGCACAUUUUGUACUGAAUAUCUCAGACAGGCUGUGUCCUAAUAGUCAUACAAUUUCCUUAACUUAUCUGGGCUGGAAGGUGUCCAACACUUUGCUUUCUCUUCCUGUCUAGGCCUUAGCCCUUUAGCGUUCACAGAUCUAAAUGGAUCGGACUAGAUGUAAGCAAUAUGGUGAUGGGACCUCCUAGCUUUUAAAGAGGCUGAGUGCAGCUUUUGCCAAGUUGCUUUCAUUCAUCCAAUCCUUUCAGAUCCAUAAAAAGAAUAUGGGCCUAAUUUUGACAUUACAAAUAUAUUGUCAUAAUGUUAAUUGACAAUAUAACACACAUUUUGCUCGUAACUGUAUUUAUUUCAAAGUUACUGAAUGUUUAGACGGUACUUUUUCUGUUGUGGAAAUGCCACCAUAUAAGGGUAGGGCCGGGCCACUGCUUGUCCUGGAGUUAGCAAGUCUCUUCGACAUCUUUCUCCACGAUUAAUACGUUCCCAAAAUUUCUCCUCACAAAACAUUUUGUAUGCAGUUCAGUUGUAUCCAGACAUUUGUUCCAACCUUCAAGAUACUUUUGUAUAUAAAGUGUAUGUGGACACUC